AUGGAUGUACGAGCGUUGACACCACGAAUUGCUCUGCCAAACAUGGUCAAAUCGAAGACUUCUGUUCCCCUACCACCAGGAUCAGUCUUGGAACAGAGAUCAGCUCGACUGCAGAUGAGCGAAAGCAUUCAUGCACCUCAAGAAGUUGUCGAUAUCGUCCUGUCUAAUCUUCAUGACGACCUUCCUUCGAAAGGCAUCUUCUCCUGCAUCGAAGUGUUUACCGUGCCUCCGCCCUCUCGCAGUGGUCACACCUUCAAGAAUCUUCUUGACUUGCUACCCGGAAUUAGUACAGAUUACACCGAUAUUGCCGUACAUGACAUCAGUCAAACGAUUCCGCCUUUCUCACACUUUUGCGAGCUUUUCGACUGGCGCUAUUUUUCACCUCACGUUCAAGAUGCUCUUGUCCAGUACUGGCAAACAUCCCAGAUUGUGGACUUUGACCUCGAAGAUAUCUAUCUCAUCGUCUUUGAGGGAAGAGACGGCUCAGACUGGAUCAAUGGGAGCUCUGAAGCAUCUUUCUCUUCUUUGGUGUCACAUCCAUGA